AUACUUGUAGGUCUACCAAGAAUUGUGUUUUCUCAAGUAUUGUCAACUGGUCAAAGCGUAGUAGUAUAUAUUUACGGUCAAAGCAAUGAACUAAUGAAUUUAUGUACAACUGCAAAAGAUAACACUACACGUCAGCACGUAAUCCAACAUCCAAGGACUGAAUGAUCAGCUUCACAAGUUGAAGCAGUGUGCAUGACAUGAUGCCAAACUUUCGUACCGUCAGACUAGUUCGAGGUAGAGGAGGAUAUGGAUUUACACUGUCUGGACAGGCUCCCUGUUGUAUAAGUUGGAUUGCAGAAGAAAGUUCGGCAGAAGAUGUUGGAAUCAGAAAGGGAGAUUAUAUUGUUGCUGUUAAUGGACACAAUGUAUAUGAUGCCAGUCAUGAACAUGUUGUUAAACUUAUAGGAAUGUCAACUGAUGCUCUUAGUCUCGAAAUACAAGAAAGUAAAUCUACAGAUUUGUCUUCAUCUGAUGAUGAAAACUUGAGAGCUGCAGCAGCACAAUUUGCAUCCGAACCUCAUAUUAACAAAAGGCGAAUCAUGGCCAAACCUCCACAUUCUGGUCAGUCCAGAUCAACAGAACUUUCUUACUAUGAUUUUAAUAGAACUGAACAGGUGCUGAGUGAAUUAAAGUCUGGUGCUUUAUUUCAAAGUGUGUUAUCUGCUAUUGAUGCUAAUUCAUAUGACGUCGAUUCAUCUACCUCAAGCAAAUCGAGCCACGGAUCGAGGACAAAAUCAAAGCACUCGAGUAGAAACAGAGAAUCAAAUAUGAACAUGUCUAAUGUGCCAAUUGCUAAAUUGCAUUCUAAUUCUAAUUCAAUGCAACGUGCCAAAUUUAAAGAUUCACGUCCUUCACAUAAACGAAAUUUAUCGAUGCCAAUUGAAAAUGUUAAUUUUCAAGCUAAUUAUAGUGCCAACUCUUCAAAUAAUGUUUUUGUACAAUCUAUUGUCGCGUAUCUUGGAACUGUGGAAAUGAUGAUAUUGCAUCAUGAAGAUAUACCCAACUCUAGUCUAGCAGCCAUUGAAAGUUGUGUUCAACAGCUUAGAAGAGAACAACAUAUUCACCAAAGAGUGUUGUUAAAGGUUAUGCAAACGUCUGUGAAAUUAUACAGCGCAGAUGCAGAUAUUAUCGCAGUGUAUGAUGGGCACCAUAUCUGUUACUCUUCUGCUUGUCCUGAAGACAACCGAUUCUUCUGUAUCGUAACAUUGCAUAGAAACAAUCAAGUUCGUUGUCAUCAGUUUAUGGUUGAUCCAGACAUUUGUUCUCAUCGAAAUCAUUUGGAAAAAGCGAAAAGAUUUGGUAUUCAAUGUUCUAUGGACACUGAAACUGGUAAUUGUAUAGAGUUUCCACGAUCACCGAGAAUCAUACUCAAGAUGGUGGAGGCUUUGUUUAAUACGCAGGAAGAUAAAUCUGUCUCCGGAUCUGAAGCGUCACAGAAUAAUUUGAUUCAUACUGAUGAAAAUAGCGAAAUAAUCACAACUGCGGACAGUGGGAUUGAUGGGAUUAAUGGUCCAGCAGUGAGAUCACAGAAUCCAAUUCAACAGUUUCUCGGUAAAUCAAAGAAAAAGGAGACUUCGAGCAAGUUGAGCCAGCAGAAUCUCAAAAAACAUGAUAUGAAAAGCAGUAACGGUGCUACACCACAAGUCGAUAGAUACAUGGCGGCUACUGCUGGUUUACCACCGCCAAUGAAUAAGCUGGGAAUCGGGAAAUAUAAAAUUGGUGCUGGUACUCUUCCGUUGCAAAGAAGUUCGAUAUCAGCAGGAAGUGGGAGCCACCUUGGUUCUCAAACACACGAAGUGAGACAAAGUAAAAGAGGAAGAAAGGGCAAUAAAAGUGGAGACGGAUUGUUUUUUCGGGUACCAAAACGUUCAUCGAGCAGACAACUCAGAUUAAACAUGAAGAAUGUAAUGAGCAAGUCUUCAGAGAGCAUUCCGCUUUCUGAAACUGGUAAUCUGAGUGGGGCUUCUAGCAUUGAAAGUCUCAACAGUAACGCUAGCUUGCCUAGUUGCUUCAAUGGACUUGGGUCAGUGUUGCAUAAUACGGAAGGUGGAGGGAGAGUAGCUAACUGGGCAAUUUCGUUCGAUCGUAUGUUAGAUGACAAAAUGGGAUUGAAAUAUUUUACGGAAUUUCUGAGGAAAGAAUUCUCUCAAGAGAACAUUUUAUUCUGGUUAGAGUGCGAAAAGUUACAGAAAUUAGCACCAGAUGACGAACACACUUUAAAAGAAGCUUCAGGGAACAUUUAUCAUAGGUUUUUGUCUCCGCAAGCCACUUCUCCAGUGAAUAUCGAUAGCAAGGGACAAAGACUUUCAGAAGAAGCUAUCUCGAAACCUCCUCAUCCUAAUAUGUUUGAUCAACAGCAAAAUCAGAUCUAUAAAUUGAUGAAACUUGAUAGUUACAGCAGGUUUUUGAAGUCAUCUCUUUAUAGACAAUGUAUCAUGUGUGAUAUUGAAGGAUUGCCUCUUCCUCUAGAACCAGAAGCUAAGGAGACUUCGAAUGAAACACAUAUCGAAAGCAGACAUAGUUUUUCAUUGAAACAUCGAAGAUUUUUCCAAAGAUCGAACAAGAGUCAGAAAAGCCAAGGCAGCAAUGAUUCUAUUCACAGGGAUUCGUCAGAUUCAGAAUCUGGAUUCCUAGAACUGGCAAGCACGACUCGUGGUGAGGAUCUCUCCACAAUGCAACAAGUUGGCGUCGAUGCGUCUUUGAUUUGUCGAUUAGUUUUAUGGGACGGUUCAUCCACUGUCUUAUAUGCCGAAGCCGGGAAAGCAACAAUUCGGGAAGCUCUCACAGCUUUGUGUGAAAGAAGAGGCGUCCCUCUUUCUGCCGUAGACAUCUACUAUCAGAAUGAAGAUAGAGCACUAGCUCUCGAUCAAGAUAUCUCUGUGUUAGCGGGUCAAGAAGUUCGUGUCGAGCGUAGAACAUUGUUCAGAUUGGAUAUGUUGCCGAUAGGAAGAUCUGUCGGCGUGAAAGCAAAACCUACAAAAGCGAUAGAAGAAGUAUUAAAACCUGUCGUAUCAAAAUAUGGAUUAGAAUUUGAUGAUCUACAAACUACCCUUAGUGGUGAAUCUUCUUUACUAGACAUUUCCCAAUCGGUGAAUAUUCUCGAUGGAUUAAGAGUUUGUAUUGAUCAUAUCAACAGUAAAUCAGGUUCAGCUAUCGAAAGCAAAGACAAAACAUCUAAAAAGAUGCGAAAUAAUCAAAAGAUGAAAAACAAUAUGCCUGCCAUUAGUGAUACAGAGGAAUUGAUCAACAUCAUGUCAGCAUCACAUAACAGCAAGAUGCACGAUCAGCGCGGACUUCUGUCUGAAAUGAAUUUAGAGUUGCCAGAUUUUCUGAAAACGCCUGUUCCUUCACCAUCCAAGACGCCUAUUCCAGUUUCUGUCAAUUCAAACAAUAACAACCAUCAGAAAGAAGAUUUGGAUCUCGUACUUAACACAAACUCAAAUGGUUACCCUCUCGAUGUACCUAAGCCAAAAGGGGGCAAAUUAUCCCCCAAUCCAGUCAGUACCGGUAAUGCAAAAGCGAGAAUACAAAAAUUAAAAUGUCUGGGAGAUGGUAAGCAAUCUAUUAUGGAUACACCUGGGGAUACAAGGCAUAUGAGACGCAAGACACCUAGUUUGGACACAGACGUUUCUAACGUAGAGGCUUAUGAAACAGACUCGAUAUCCGCACUUGAUGACGAUCCGUAUGUCAUAACCAAAUGGAUGCAAUCUGUAUCUUAUACACCUAAAUAUCCAUAUGCCCCCGAUCUUGAUACAACAGUAACGGACUCUACUACGUCUACUGAUAACGGGGUUUUAGAUUCUGUUUUUGAGUCCGAGUUACAAUUGGAGCAAACGUCUUCAUCGAUGAUUCAUCAGUCCGUUAUACACGAUCAUCGGUACACAAAAAGAAAAAUUAAGGGUAUUGUUGUUUGAAUUGCAAAUCUGUCGGAUUUCAUCUCGAAAGAUAAAGACAGACACUGCUCUAAUGCUUUCAUAAUGGUGGUAGAUUCGUAUUCUAUCUUGCUUCCAUUUUCGCUACGACUCUAUCUGUUAACAUGGGAUGUCAGAUGAGAUGAUCAAAACAAACAUGUUUUAAUGCCCUUAUAAUGGUUGUAGAUUUGUAUACUUUCUUGUGCUUUCGUCUGCUCUCUCUCUCUGACCCUUUCUGUUAUCUUAUGUUCACAUUUUUUGGAAUUUUAUUUUCAAAAUUUGUUCAAUUUCUAAAACUUUGUUUACUGUCCAGUAGUGCUUUUCCCAUUAAAUUUUUAUUUUUCUUAAAUUCACCAAACUUUACAAUUCAAAAAAAUGACAUUCACCUAAUUUUGAUGCGAAAUGGAUUAGUUCAAAUUAUUAAAAGUAAAAGAAAUUUCAUGUGAAAUCAAGAAUAACUACACUAUUCUUAUGCGAAUAUCCUGUAUAAAUAUAUAUACAGAUAUAUAUAUUUUUCAAAGUUGAAUGUAGUUUCUCCUUGGAGGUUGUUAAAUUUUUUUUACAAUCAUUGUUAGUUUCCUCAUUGCAACGUUUUUGCAUAUGAUGAGAGAAAAGGGUGUAUGACUAGUAUCCUUUAAAUCCUGGUGAUAUCAUCCCCUUUUUUUCUAUUGCUACUACUAUAUUUCCUGCUAUUGCAUUUCUUUAUAUUUUUAUAUUGCAUUUUUUUUCUUGGAUGAUAAUUUUUUUUAAUAAUAUUAACAAUGUGCAUUGAUCAAGUUUGUUGCUACUUUUCUUAUUAAUAAAUGCAGUCAUAGUCCUUGUUUCCUUUCGAACAAAUUUUAACUAUUAAUCAUGUUCAAAAAGUUAGCUUAUGUCUAUCAAGAUUUUUUCUUAUAAAUACAUGACAAUAAAUUUAUAGACUUUGUGGAAAAAAGGUUUUUGGCAAUAAUUAAUGUUUUAAAUAAAAUCAUUGGUUUUAAACAUUUUGUUCAGUCCGUUUUUGUUUUCGCUGUAGGAAAUUGUUAUUUUAUGAAUGUUGUUACUGAUUUAGGCAUGACUAAAUAUUCCCUAAAUAUUCUAUCAUGACUCAUUUUUAAUCAGGAUAAUUAUGUUUUUUUUUUUUAUGGAAAACAAAUUAAUAGGCAUUUGUUUUUUGUUGACCAAUUAGUAUGUGCUGUACUUGAUAUGACCCAAGUUUUCUCUGAAUGUAUAUCUCUACAAUACACAAUGUCUUACACACCAUACACAAAUAAAGCAAGAUACAGACAUUAGUUCGAUAAAUAAACAAUCACGAUAUUCAUUAUAACAUUAUUCUGUUUUAUAUAUGCUUUCAGUACUUUUUUAUAAACUAUCCUUGGCCAUAUAUAUUUCUUGCAUAGAUUUUAUUGAGAAGCUAUUAUGUGUGUGUAUAUAUAUAUAAAUGUUAAAGUUCCUCGCUUUGACUUCAAUGUGUAUAGGCUUAUGUCUGUCAAAGCAUGUGUUGUCCCAUUUUAUAAAUAUGAAGAGUAAUGCACCGAUCGGGCACCCCUGUGGUAGUCUAUCCAACGAAAACCGCUUUGGGUUUUCAAUGUACUUUGCUGUUAUCUGCUGGUCAUACUUUUUACGUCAAGUUGAAACUUGUCAAUUUUUUUUUUUCCUUGAGCGAUAAUGAAGCUUUCGGUUUGGGUAAAACCCAAUUAAAGAUUACGUUUUCUACUUUGAAUUUACUACAUUGUGGAUUGCACUUUUUGUGGAAGAUUUCUUAGCUGCUUUGAUGCUCUGUCCUAUUGUUUUGUUUUUUUAUUUUUACUUUCUAUUAAAAGUAAUCAACUUCAAAUGA